AUGCAAAGCAAAGGGCCAAACAAGGGAAGGGGGGAGAGAGAGAUCGUCUCCGUAGCUCGCCUCGUGCCUCAUUCCUUCUGCGCAUUCGGAUCCUCAGUGACCCAUCGACGAAUCUUUGGAACUCCUCUUCGCAUUACCCUUUGCUGCUGCUCUAAUUCCUCCAAUAUUGUUCUCCUCUCCGAAAGUUUUUGAUCCUCCGACCACUUUCAUCUCCGAUCACCCAUCGACACUCUUCCGAAACCCUAAGCUCGAUGGCCACCGCCGCUAAUUCAUCCGCAACCACUCACUCUCCUCGUUAUUCCUCUUCUGAGAACCUCAACAGCGCCCAAUCUCGCCGCGCCUCCAGAGGCGUAUCAUCGCCGUGGACACAGAUUGUCCGCGGUGGCGAGUCCGAGUCGAUCUCCGCCGUACCCUCCUCACCGUCAUCCUCAUCGGCGGCCGCGGUUUCCCGGGAGCAAAUCAACCCUUCCUUCGAUUGCUUGCCCGCGAGGGCUUCUAAUUCUGACGAUUUUGCGGCUGAGGCCCAACUCGAGAGCCCCGAUAACGGUAACGGUAGCGGCAAUGCUGCCAAGAAGCCAGCUUGGAACAAGCCCUCAAAUGGUGCCUUCGCCGUCGAGGUUGGUCCGGUCAUGGGAGCGGUUUCUUGGCCUGCUUUAUCGGAGUCAGCUAGGGCUUCUGCAAAGUCGCCAUCCGAAUCAUUGAAACCUCCCGCCGAUAGAUCAUCGGUUGCCCCACCACAGGGAGCUGGAAUUGCAUCUUCUUCAUCUUCUUCAUCAUCAUCAUCAUCUUCUUCUUCUCCGUCUUCUUCGUCUCUGUCUUCAUCUUCUCCGUCAUCGCAAAAGCAAGUAAUUAAUAAUGCAAAUUCUAAUUCUACUCCAAACCAUGCAUUACCCACGCGCCAAAAAUCUAUAAAGCGCGGUGGAGCAAGCACGCCUUUGCCUUCUACUAACGGCGUUGCUCAGGUGGCUGCAGCAUCAUCGGGUGCAGUGGUGGAAUUACCUCCAAAUAAUCCUUCUCCAAGAGACCAUACACAUAAGAAUACUAAUUGGGACUCAGCACAAAGAGGGUCACAAUCUCAUAGCAGCAGUGAUCACCCUCAACAUCGCAGCUCAUUCAGGAGAGGCAGUGGCGGUCCGCAUCCACGGGGAGAUGGUUCUUACCAUCACAAUUAUGGGGGCAGGCGUGACCAUGACCGUGGGAAUCAUGAUUGGAAUCCUCAUCGAAAUUUCAACGGUAGAGACACACAGAGAGUUGUUCCCACUCCAAGGGGCUUUAUAAGACCCCAACACCACACACCCCCCUUCAUUACACCCCCACCGGUUCGACCUUUUGGCAACCCCAUAAGUUUUGAGCUGGCAUCACCACCAAUGGUGUACAUCCCUCAUGAAUCCUUUAGAGGUGUGCCUUUUAUUGCACCGAUACCACCUCAUGCAAUGAUUUUCUCUGCAGUGGAUGCUCAGUUGCAUGCUGAGAUAGUUACUCAGAUAGAAUAUUAUUUCAGUAAUGAGAAUUUGAUUAAAGAUACAUACUUGCGGCAGAACAUGGAUGACCAAGGCUGGGUUCCUAUUAAAUUAAUAGCAGGCUUCAACAAAGUUAAGAAGUUGACAGAUAAUAUCCAGCUUAUAUUGGAUGCCCUGCGAACUUCAAAUGUUGUGGAAGUACAGGGGGACAAGGUAAGGAAGCGUAAUGACUGGAUGAGAUGGGUUAUGCGACCAGUUCAGUUUCCUGUAGUUUCAGGCUCUCAGACCUUUGGAAGAUCUAGUAAUGACAUGCUGGCAGCACGUGUCCAGGGUGUUGCACUGGAGGAAAGAACUGAGGAUGUUAGUGCAAGCAGUCGAGCAGAUAUUUGCACUGAGGCAUUGCUUAGUAGAUCAUUGUCCGGGGAUAUAAUUAACCAGCCACAGCAAUCCAGCAGUGAAGUGAAGGGCCGCGGCGUGGUUCAGGUCGGUUCUGAUAGCAUCAUUUCAGCGAGAAAUUCAAGUAAGAGAGAGUUUUGCUAGUGCACACUAGAAAGUACAAAAGAAUUCGUUGAAUGCAGGAGGGGAAGUGUGGGGAGGGGGGGAGGGGUUAAUGAUGAAUGUUCUUGCUUUUCCUGGGUGAUGACUCUCAUGGAAUGAUAGAAAAAUGAUUUCUCCAAAAGAGGGAAAAAAAAAGGAUGGAGAAAAAAGCUUUUAAAAAAAAAAAAAAAAAAACCUGAAGAAAGGCCAACAAUUGGGAGGGAAAAAAAAAAGGGAGGAUUUAUGAUUGAGCUGAACGGCGUGAGUUUGUUGGGAUCUGCGUGAGUUUGUCUUUUUCCUUCGGAAAUUUCAAUUUUGUUUCCCUGGCUGAACCCCACCCCCCCCAUCUUGUUUUUAUUUUUAUUUUUUGGAAUCUGUGGGGGGUGGGGGUGGGUCUGUUUUCCUCUUUAAUUUAGGAGCCAAAAUGGAGUGGUGGAAGGGCCUUGGCUUUGGGAAUCAUGCUUUUACUGGGAAGGCAGAGGAUAGAGGGGUGGGUUUGGUUUGAUGGUGCAACCCUUGCUCACUUCUUGGCAUUACCCCCCUCCCCCUUUUUCUUAUAAUUAAUUUUAAUUUUAAUAUUUCAGUCCCUUGUGUUAUGAAAUUACAUUCAUAUGUAUACCUUUUCUCUUCAAAUGCCUUUUGAAGAUUUUACCCUCAUAAGAAUGCCCUCGUAUUUGUGGGGGCCAGACCUUUGAAGCAUCCAGACCUAGAUUUAGAUUUAAAGAGGGAUGAUGUUCUUGGUUCCUAUGUUUUAAAGAUUUGGAUGCAUUGGAACUUUAACUUUACCUUCUCUGAAUAUUGGAUUUCAAAAAAAAAAAAAAAGUUAAAAUCCUUUCUAUUUA